AUGGCUGCUGUUCAAACAGAGGUAUCUCUGUACUCGCAACCUUGGCAGAGGCCUAUGCACAUCUAUGGGGGGCUGGUGUGCAACUCUCUGAUGGCUGACUCCUGGUCGGACAGAACUCCUCUCCAUGAAGCAGCCUACCAUGGCAGACUGCUCCACCUCAGAUCCCUCAUUGCUCAGGGCUUCCAUGUAGACACACUCACCAUGGAUAGGGUCUCUCCGCUCCACGAGGCUUGUCUUGGUGGCCAUUAUGGUUGUGCAAAGUUCCUGCUGGACAGUGGUGCAAAUGUGGAUGCAGUAUCAACAGAUGGCGCCACCCCUCUCUUCAACUCCUGCAGCAAUGGGAGUGCUGCCUGUGUCAGGCUGAUCUUGCAGCACAGUGCCUCCAUCCACACCACAUACCUGCUGGCAUCGCCCAUCCAUGAGGCCGCCAAGAAAGAUCACAGAGAGUGUUUGGAGCUGCUGAUCUCGUAUGGAGCUCACAUUGACAUGGAGCUGCCAGUUGUAGGGACACCGCUGUAUACUGCCUGCAUGGCCCGAGCCGCAGCCUGCGUAGAUGUGCUACUACACUCAGGGGCCGAUGUUCAAUUAGGGUGUGGGCAGGACAGCCCAUUACAUGCUGCAGUUCAAGAGGGAGGAGCUGACAUAGUGGAUCUUCUGCUGGACUUUGGGGCUGACGGGUGUUGUAGGAAUGCUGAGGGCAAGACCCCUCUGUAUCUGUGCGGGCCAAACAGCACAGUGAGAAUUGCUCUGCAGAAAAGAGGUCCCUGCUCUCUGUCUCAGCUGUGUCGUUUGUGUAUCCGCCGAACUCUGGGAAGGACUCGUCUCCAUAGCGCAUCCAGCCUCUUCCUUCCACCAAUUAUCAAGGACUUCCUCCUCUACCAAUGACGUCUUUGCUAUGGAUUUUACAUUGUUCCAAAAAGGUUUUUAUACGAUGACAGUUUUAUAUUUUUAUGCAGGAUCUCACAAGACAGAUAUAAGAGGUACAAGACAGUAAAUAUUGUAUUUUGUAUAGAGUAU